GCAUAGAUUCUUUCACAAGAGCUAUAAGCACACAAUUAUCCUAUAUAAAUACAGCAUUUUAUACAACACUUAUAUGGAAUCGACUAUCGAGCGUAACUUCGUGGAUCGAGAUAUCAUAGUUAGAGCAUUCGAAGAAGAAUUUCAUCUCUUUCUAAAAACAUGAGUGGCCAGUUGCUGCGAAAGACUGUAUCCGAUGUUACAAGUGAAAAAAGCAAACUAGGCAAGGAAUUGGAAACCAUUGUUAAAUUGGAUGAUGAACUUCUUCAAGCUGUUGAAUGUGAAUGCUGUGGCCUCAAAGAAGAUUGCACAAAAGAAUACAUUACAAACAUCAGGAAUUCACGUUCUGAAUGGGUUUGUGGGCUUUGUUCUGAAGCUGUUAAAGAAAGACUAAAGCAUGAACCCAUCAUAACCAUUGAAGAAGCUUUAAGCACACACACAAUUUUCUGUCAAGAAUUCAAUUCUACCACAAGACUUAACCCUAAACUCUCCUUGACAUGUGCUAUGAAGGAUAUAGCCAAAAAAAGUUGUGAGAAGAGAAGAAAUAAUUUAUCCUCAUCAAAAAUGAUUAUUAGAACUGUUAGUUGUGUUCCAAGGAUUGAUCUCAACAUGAAAUAAUAUUAGGGUUGAUUCAAGAUUUGUAGUCUAUCACUUAUAGAUGACAAUAUGUAAUAGAUAAUACGCAAAGAUGCGAAGUUAAUUAUGGUGUUGAAACACUAAAUUUUUAAUUUAAAUUGUUCACUCGAUAGGUGAUUUAUGUAUAUUUAUAUCUAAUCUUUUCA